UGUCAGGGGCUAUAUUGCUGCUUUUUCAUCUGGGUUACACCAUUCAUGUCUCACUGCGAAGAAACAAUGUUUUUGUCUAUCGCCAUUUUCACUUUUUCUUUAACAUUGGCCAUUGUUCAAACAGAGCCCACUGUGGACUCCUCAUACAUUGCUGCUGUGUAUGAACACAACUUGGUCCUGAAUCCAGAUCCUCGUGUCCCUCUGUCCCAUGCCGAUGCCCUACAACACAUGCGUAAAAACUUGGAUAUCUAUGAGGUGCAGGCUGCCCAGGCUGCUCAGCAGGGUGCCCAGAUCCUGGUGUUUCCAGAGGAUGGUCUUCAGGGUUUCAACUUCAGCCGUGUGUCAAUCUCUGGCUACCUAGAAACCAUCCCUGAUCCUCAGCAGGAGAGUUGGAACCCCUGCACAGAGCCAGGCAAACACAACAACACUGAGGUUCUCCAGCGGUUGAGCUGUAUGGCCCGUCGUUACAAUCUCUACGUGGUGGCCAACAUGGCUGACCUACAGCCCUGCCCCUUGAAAACUGAGCCCUCCUCCUCCUGUCCCUCUGAUGGACACUGGCAGUUCAACACCAAUGUGGUGUUCAGGUCAGAUGGCCUGCUGGUGGCGCGCUACCAUAAGUACAACCUGUACUUUGAAGAUGCAUUUGACACUCCACCACAACCUGAGAUCAUAACAUUUGAUACACCCUUUGCUGGGAAGUUUGGCCUCAUGAUCUGCUUUGACAUCCUGUUUCAUGAGCCCACAGUUGCCCUGGUGGAGAAGGGUGUACGUCAGCUGAUCUUCCCCACAGCCUGGAUGAAUCUGCUCCCUCUACUAGACUCAGUCCAGUUCCAGCGGGCAUUCAGCUUGGGUGCCAAUGUCACCCUUCUAGCGGCCAACCUUCGUCAUGACAAAAUGAACAUGAGAGGGAGUGGCAUCUACACCCCUUUUUCUGCCACCUAUCACCAUGCCCAGAAAGGUGACCCAGAGGAGGGCAGGUUGCUGGUGGCCAGGGUGCCAGUCUUAGACCCACUGUGGGUGAGACAGAGCAAAGCCACAGAGGAGGGGGUAAUUACAAACGGGUCCACAUCAUCUAAAGCUACAGACACUAGAUCCUGUCAGCAACACACUUGUUUCGAUUCUCCUCAUCCUGAAACCGCUCCUUCAGUCCCUCCCUCCUCCAUCACUUUCAUUUCACCUAUGAUGUGUGACCCAUUUACAUUCGCCCUCCUCAACGAGACAGAGGGCGAAGUAAAGGUGUGUAAUGGCACCUUUUGCUGUUACCUGAAGUAUCAACGGUUUCCACAAACCAGCAAAACAGAACUCUAUGCGUUGGGAGCAUUUGCUGGACCACACACUGUGAGUGGACGCUAUGCCCUGCAGGUGUGUGCAUUAGUCCGCUGUGCAGGGUCAGACACUACCUCCUGUGGACAGGAAGUGGAAGAGGCUGAAACGAAAAUGGACUUCCUAUUGGAGGGGAAAUUUGAGACCAAACAUGUGUAUCCAUCCAUUUUGGGUAGCAAGAUGGUCCUGGAGGAGCCUGAACAUCUGAAAAUAGCUGCAGACGGCACAGUGAGCUUGAAACACUCCAACAUGAGUAGUGGGUUGGUCACUGCCUGUCUGUAUGGACGCAUGUAUCACCUGGACAAUGAAUGACCCGCUCUGGAGUAGACGUGUGUGUCAGGACAAAAAUAUUCAAUGUAUUAAAAUUUUAACAAAUGUUCUAAGACUGUUAACAACAACUCAGCUGAUAUACAUCUGUCUCCUGUCAUAAUACACACUGCAAUAAAUGAUAAACAAACAUCUUUAUUCAUUCUGAAAAAUAAAAUAGACAUUAAAAUGAUUUCAUUUUAUUA